AUGAGGCCGCUGCAGGUGCUGCCCCUCCCCCACCUGGUGCUGCUGCUGCUGCUGCUGAGCGCGGGGACAGGUGUGGCACACCUGGGACAGCCCCAGGUAGCCCCGGAGUCGCCGCUGGAGCCGAAACCCCCGGCCCUGAUGGGGGAUGGGCAGCACACCUGGGCGCGGCGCCGCCGGCACAGCCCCCACUUCCCGCUCUGCUCCUUCUGCUGCGGCUGCUGCGCAAACCGCGGCUGCGGCUUCUGCUGCCGCACCUGA